AUGCGGACCCUUUCGCGGCUGGCUGCGGGGUAUGCAUUCGCGUGUGUCUUCGUAGGAGCUAAGAGAAGGAGGGCCUUUCGGGGAUGUGUGGAGACUUCGCCGGCGCGUGGGGAGACACACGGCGCGUCCUCCGGGUUCUGUGAUGUGCUGCAGUCGACGCUGGCUGAGUCCUUCCUGUGCGACUUGCAAGAUCUGGAGGAAGAUGAGGAGGGAGACGAGCUGCCUCCGGACCUCUCUGCGGUCCCUGCGCCUGCCGCGGCGCAGCCUGGCUUGGUAGGCCUUCGCGACGCCGGCGGUGGGUUGCUGGGCGCGCCGGCGGACUCGCUGCUGGACGGCGCGCGGGCGGCCUCGAAGCCGAAGAAGAAACUCGAGGACGAAGACGACCUCGACACGCCCAUUCCGGAUGCCGUCGCUGAGUACGAGCAGAAACAGCAAGAAAACUACGUCGGGGUGGUCGUCAGCGACCUCAUGCUUCAGCCGGACUUCAUCGCACUCCUCGAGCGCGUGAGGGCGUUGACUCCGCAGGAAGCUGAGUAUGACAACGAAGAGCUGAAUCUCAUCGAGGAGUGCAACCAAAGAGUCAUUGACGUCGACAGGGACAUUCUGAACAUCCACAGAUUCAUAAAAGACAUCUACAGCAUCAAGUUCCCCGAACUCGAGUCGAUCGUCCAAGGGCCGCUUGAGUACAUUGCGGUUGUACUCCGCAUUCAGAACCAAACUGACUUGACGCAAGUCGAUCUGUCAGAUCUGCUGCCCUCAUCGACGAUCAUGGCGCUCACUGUCGCCGCUUCUCUCUCAGUCUCUUCUUCGUCCUCAUCUUCCUCCUCGGGGCGACGGCUGCCGGCCGAAGAAUUCUGUCAGGCGAUCGCGGCGGCAAAAGAAGCGAUUGCCCUCGCAGAAAAGCGAAAAGAGAUUCUUCAGUACCUGGAGAGUCGCAUGACGCUCAUUGCACCAAACGUCUCUGCGAUCCUCGGAGCGGCGCUGGCGGCGCGUCUGCUCACGCGCGUCGGGGGUCUCAAGAUGCUCGCCAAGAUGCCUUCGCAAAACAUCAUGCUUGUCGGCUCACAGAAGAAGACGUCGUUCGCGUUGUCAGGGGGAAAAGGCAGCGCGACAGGGCCUUUCAGCGCGUUGCUCUGCUCUUCGGAGAUUCUGUUGUUGACGCCGCCCGCCUUCCGCACGCGGGCUCUCCGCCUGCUCGCGGGAAAGGUCUCGCUCGCCGCGCGCGUGGACUUCUUCGGCGAGUCGCGCGACGGAGAAAAAGGGAAAACCCUCAGAGAGGAAAUUGUCCGCGCACUCAUCAAGGCUCAAGAGCCUCCGCCAGCUCCGCAGAAGAAGGCGCUGCCUGCACCCGACGAGCGGGCCCGGCCGAAGCGCGGCGGCAAAAAGUAUCGACGCAUGAAGGAGAAGUACGAGCUGACGGAAGUGCACAAGCAGCUGAAUCGCAUGCAGUUCGGCGUCGAGGAAGACCAGAACGGCCUCAAAGCCAAGGGCUUGGGUAUGCUCGGCAAGAGUAUUGCGAGCGGCCGUCUGAAGAUUCAGGCCAAACAGCAGAAGAAGCUCCAACCAAGCCGCAAGCGCCAGCAGCAGAUGAACCGCGGAGGCCCGGCUCGCGGCGGGACCGAGACUGCGGGCUGCGGCUUCUCGUCUUCGCUCACCUUCACGCCGAUUCAAGGCAUCGAGCUCUGCAAUCCGGAUGCGGCGGGCGCGGCGGCCCUCCCAAAGAAGCAGGACGCGAACAAGAAAGUGAACUACUUCUCCUCGACGGGAAAGUUCACCAAGGUCGAAAAAGAUCUCGCUUCCAUGGUGCCCAAGGCGGUCUGA